AUGGGAGACCCUUCCGAUGCUCAGGAUAAGCCAGAGCACGUUUUGAAGCGCCACCUUUAUGAAUAUGCCCGGCGGCGUCGAACAGACGGCCCCUACGCGGACAACCUGGACGUUGAUGUCUUGAUUGUCGGGGCAGGUUUCGCUGGGACAUACCUCUUGUAUGAGAUGCGCAAGGCUGGCUUCAAGCCCGUUCUAUAUGAAGCGGGCACCAGUUUUGGCGGCACUUGGCGUUGGAAUAUAUACCCCGGGGCCCGGGUCGAUUCCGAAGUGCCUAUUUACCAAUUGUCGAUCCCUGAAGUCUACAAGACGUGGGCAUGGACUACGAACUACCCAGAUUGGCAAGAGUUGCAAGCAUAUUUCGAUCAUGUUGACAAAAUUUGCAAUCUAAGCAAAGACUGCGCAUUCAAUAGUGUCGUCACGUCUGCCGAGUUUGAUCCGCAUGAAGGCAAAUGGAUCGUCAAGACGGCCGAUGGUCGCACAGCCAAGGCCAGGUUCCUUAUUGUUGCUGCAGGAUUUGCGGCCAAGAGAUACAUUCCAGACUAUCCAAGCAUGGAGAAAUUCAAGGGCAUCAUGCAUCAUUCUUCGUUCUGGCCAAACGAAGGAGUUGAUGCUCGCGGGAAGAAAGUCGCUGUUAUUGGAACUGGCGCCUCUGGUGUACAGAUCAUACAAGAGUGGGGACCCCAAGUUGAGCAUUUGACGGUCUUCCAACGCACUCCCAACUUGGCCCUUCCAAUGGGUAAACGUGACUUGACCAGGGAAGAGCAAGAGGCGCUCUACCCAGCAUACGAUGAACUCCUCCGGAUGCGCGAGAAGAAUUUUGCAGGCUUCACCUAUGAUUUCACUGAGCGCACCACCUUCGAAGACUCCCCUGAAGAGCGUGAGGCCGUCUAUGAAGCGCUGUGGAAGAAAGCCGGCUUUGGUCUCUGGCUCGGCUCUCACAAAGACUACCUAUUUGACAUGAAGGCGAACCGCUGUGUGUACGAUUUCUGGCGCCAGAAGCAAAUGACGAGAAUCAAGAACCCAGAAAAACGAGAGCUUCUGUGCCCUGCGGAACCGCCUCAUCCCUUUGGCGUCAAGCGUCCGUGCCUGGAGCAAAACUACUACGAAGUCCUCGACCGAGAUAAUGUGACAAUCGUGGACAUCAGCUCCAAGUCAGGCAACGAGAUCGCCGAAUUCACCGAGACAGGCAUCAAGACCUCCGACGGCAAGCACUAUGAUUUUGACAUCAUUGCGCUAGCGACGGGCUUCGAUAUCACCACUGGCGGCAUGACGAAUAUGGGCCUCAAAUCGAUCCACGGCACAACUCUCCAAGAUGAGUGGAAGAAAGCCGCCUACACGUACCUAGGCACCACGAUUUCGGGUUACCCGAAUAUGUUCCAUCUAUACGGACCCCAUGGACCCACCUUGUUGUCUAACGGCCCGUCCAGCGUCGAGGUGCAGGGUCGCUGGAUCCGCGACGCCAUCAAGCUCAUCGAUCGCCAGGGUCUCAAGUACAUUAACCCGACACAGGAAGCGAGCGAGAAGUGGAAGAAGCGCAUCAAUGAACUCUCGGAUAUCACCUUGCUUCCAACAACGAGAUCUACUUAUAUGGGUGGUAGUGUACCCGGCAAGGCGUUCGAGCAGGUCAAUUAUGCAGGUGGCAUUCCCAAGUACAUCGAUGAGAUUCGGGCUGUGUUACCGAAUUUCACGGGCUUUGAGACUGUGGCGGCGUAG